GAAGAAGACAAGAUUGCGAGGCCUUUUUUGACCGCGUGGGAAGCUCCUUAGUCGGCCACGUUUGGACAAAUCCACGGACGUGUUUGUCGUUAAGUCUGCGAUCAUCUUUCAUGCUAAUUCUUCUAGCCUGUCAGGAUAAACCAGACUCGUCUCGGUCAACUUUGAAUCUUCUCUUAGCUUGUUGUUAGCUUAGCAUUGCUAGCUGCUAACAAAGUGACGCGGACGUCGUCCCCCGUGGGAGCGCAAAGUGUUGUGAUCGCGUGGAAAAUGUGUCGCGUACAAAUGCUGAGAGUGUUGGUGAAUCAGCGGCUAAAUGCGGCCGUUGAGGAAAUAUUCGGCGUGUUGGAAAGAGCGCUGGCGGAGUACGAGGAGGAACUUUCUCGCACAAAAGAGGAGAACGAGCGACAACGUCAACUACUGGACGCUUUUUACAACAAGUCCCAAGUAGCAGACGUCCGUGAAGAACCUCUUCUCCCUGAGCAGCAGGAGUCACAGCCCCCCACCAUUAAAGAUGAAAUGGAGGAACACGGCAUCGGUCAAGAUGGAGAGCAUCCUGAAGGGCUGGAGGAGGUAGAGGUCACCAAGAUGCCAUUGACUGGUGUCAUAGUGAAGAGUGAAGAUGAUGAGGUCAAAGGUGAAAGUGAGGCGGAGCCUCCAAGCAGCAGCUCAACACAACACAUGACAACAGAAGCUGAUGGAGACCACUGUGGAGGACCACCAGCAGACAAACUCUUAGCUCCACUAUCAGAUAGUGAGGACACAACGUCACACUUUCCUGACACUGACGACGAUGAAGACUCUAAAGCUGAUAAGACAUGUCACACCAACACACACUUGAAAUGCCCUCACUGUGGCAAAACUUUUAAUCACCGCGGCGAUUUGAAAACACACGUGAGAAUGCACACUGGAGAGAAACCAUUCAUUUGCUCAGUUUGUGGCAAAAAAUACACUAAGAACCAGUAUUUGAAAAUACACAUGAGAACGCACACAGGAGAAAAACCAUUCAUCUGCUCCGUGUGCGACAAAGGCUUUAUGCAGAGUCAGCAUUUGAAAGCGCACAUGAGAACACACGCCGGCGGGAAAUCGUGUCCCUGCUCGAGCUGCGACAAAAGCGUUGGCGAGCAAAUACCACUGGUGGUGUACAUCAGAAAACCCACCCCUGAGAAAGUGUUGAGUUGCAGCGUGUGUGACGAAAGAUUCUCCUACAAGUACCAGCUGAAGAAACACAAGUGUGCUGGGGAGAACAGCGGCAGCAAAUGAAGCUGCAGGUUUUUUAAAUAAACGGUCAAAGUUCACCCAAAACGAAGGAGUUGAGUAAACUUUAAGACUUACCGUAUUCUCCGGACCAUAGGGCAACCGGAUUAAAAGGAGCACUGCUGAUGAGCGGGUCUGUCCAUCCAUCCAUCCA